AUGACUGUGAGGAAGACGGCGGUGGCGGGCGGCGGGCGGCGAACGGCGAAAUCGGCAUGGCGCGCCCUUAUCUCCGACCCCCAAUUCACCCUCCGCCGCGAUCCCAACCCCAAUCUCGCCCUCGCCCUCAUCUUCCCCAACACCCCCGACGGCGGAGACGCCUCCCCCGCCACCCACGUCGUGGUCUCCUUCGACCGCUCUUCCCCGCCGCUCCGAACUCUCGACAUCCGCGCCGGCGGCACCUCCCUCCGUCACAUCGAGAGCUCCUGCAACGGCCUGUUGCUUUGCAAGCCCUCCGAAACCGACACCCGCUGCUGGGUUUCCAUCCCCGCCACCAACCAACACGCUCUGCUCCCGGAAAUCAACUUCGACCACAACAACCUCGGCACGCUCCGGAUGUCGCUGGCUUACGACCCUGUCAGGUGGUCCCCACGCGAUUACAAGGUUGUCUGCGUCAAUCCCUGUGCGGGCCGGGCCUCGAUCUACUCCUCCCGAGCGGGCUCCUGGGAAAAACAAGGGAAUCCCUUUGGGAAGGAAACUAUGGACGGCGUGGAUUUCCGAAAGGGGGUCUACUGGAACGGUGCUGUACACUGGGUAGGGUUUGGCAAGCACGGGAAAUGCGCUUAUAUGAAAAUCGACGGUGAAAAGGACAACGAGAAGACAUUGGAAGUGAUGCCGAACCCACCGCCUAUCGUUAAGUCGAACUGCAGCUGGUCGGUAAGUAAUUAUUUUGGAGAGUCGCGCGGCCGCUUGCAGUACGUGAAUUGGACAGAGUCUAGUUCUGUUUCUAGCGUUUGUCUUGAUGUGCAUGAGAUGAGGAGGGACUAUUCGGAGUGGUAUUUUAGGUACAGAAUCGAAGUCCCAGUUGACUCUGGCGGCCGUUGCUGGUACAAUGUGUGCAAUAUGGUUGCGGCUGGGGAGGACAGGGUUGAUGUUUUCUUGUUUUUAAGAGGAGAAGGUGUGGUCACAAAGUAUGAUGUUGUUCGCGGGAGUUUUCAAAAUGUGAAGAUUGCAUGUGAGUCUAAGGCUCAUGUAAUGUUUCCCUACAUUGAGACCGUGUGUUGCGUUUAG